GAAACUGCAGGGGGAGAAUCAGAGUACUUAAAAAAUACUUCAGGUUCUUUUACACCUUGAAAAUGUAGUAGUAAGGGAGCUGUAUAAGAUGAUAUAUGAUAAAGCAUUAGUUUAGGGUGUGUAUAUAAAAGCAGAAUUUAAGAAUGUGCUGAGCAUAUAGGAGUGCUGAGCAGCCCGGCCUUUCCCUAGAAAUGGAGAGUAAGGCCACCAGUCUCUUGGUAACUCAGCAAAUGCUGUCACUUUACUGUUAUAAAGCAGCCCCCUUUAGUGGGAACAGGGUGCAGUGAUGAUGUUUAGAGAGCAACAGAAGCUUCAGGAUGAGGGAAUGAUAUCUUUGAUUUGAGAGCGAGCAAGCUUUGCUUUUAAAAAUCAGACAUCAUUUAUCUAAACAUCCAGGUGCCUUCCAAAAAGUCCAAUAAGCCAAGACCAGCAGGAAAAGACCAAGAAACAUCUAUUUCUCAUUUCUUCCUAGGAGAUUGCACAAAUUCCGUCCACAAUGGGCUGGACAGUUACUUAGAGAAGAUGUGAGGUAAUUUUGGAGUUUAUUGUAUUUUUACCAGUGAGGACAGGCUAGAGAUUUAGACAGAGACCUUUCUAGCCUUUUUUUUUUUUUUAAUAACUCAAAUAAAGCUAGAAAAAUGUCAAAAUCUGACCUAGUGCAGUUCAGCUAACUUUCAGUUAGUAGGUAGGCCUGAUUUCACUGCAGGUUGUUUUGUCAGUAAAAUAGGAAGGUUUUUCAGUGCACAGACACAAGAUACACUGGCUAAGAAAUUGCUUUACUUAGGCUUUGUUGUUUUUUUAAUCAUGAUCUCCAACUGCAUACUUCCCUUUCUGGCUUGUGUGUACCACAGCAUACUCUAAGAUUUUGCCAAACCACAGCUAUUUGCAAUAUUCCAUUACUCUAGCGUUUUCUUACAAAGGGGAAAGUUCACAGAUCUCUUUUGGUUCUGCAUGUCUGCUGACCUUUCGCUUUGCAAGAUCCUGGACGACUGAAAUUUCUGGUGGCUUGGUGGUUAGUGCAGACGUACACCCCACAGUCAGAUCUGUGGGAACAUUUAAGUGAAGCAAAUCUUACUGUGCAGUGUUUCAGUCAAUAAAAGAAAUGUAUUUCCUCCUUUUGAAAGCAUGAAGAAAAGCCUAAACUGUUGUUUUAAAUACUCUCUUUCUUCUGUUCUUGCUGCCUCAAGAGUUUUGCUCUGCCACAGUCCUGCUCAGUAGUCCGUGCACAAACUCCUCUUUGUGAAGCAUGGCCUUAGGUGUUAGAUUUUUAUAUUUUUUUAAUGCUGAAGGCAGCAAUUUUACUACAUUUAGUCAUAAUAAAAGUUCACAAUAUUACUCGAAAAAUAAUUAAUAAAGCUGCAGUAAUAUUGGUGCAGUGUUCAGUGAAGUUUGAGUAAUUGAAGCUGUGAGAUUGGAGGGAUGUUGAUAUUGGAACCAGAAUGUUUGGGGGUUUAUCCUCUCUAAAGGAAAAACACAUUUGUUAGUGUCAAAUGAUUGUUUUUUAGUCAUAUGGUUAGUUUUCACCAAAUGCGUUAAAAUAACUUGUGUGCAGGAACCAAUAACUGAGGAGGAAAAAGAAAUGGCGAUAAUGAGUAUUAGAGUGACUAACGUCCAUGAAUGUUUGAAUAUGUAGGAACUAGAGUGUAAUCAUGGCAACUGAUGCCUCUUUUUUUCUCUUCUGUUUUAAUCCCGCUGGCUCCCACACCAGCACUUGGUCCUUGCACAACUCUGUGGUUGCAGUGGAGGUAGUGGAAUUGGAAUGUGAAGGCUGUUAUGCAAGAGAUAUCAAUCAGUCCUACUCCAUGAUCAUUUUUUGUAUCUUUUGAUUCAGUGUUUGAAAAAACAAAGCGUGCAACUUUUUAAGCAAAAGGCCAUUUACCUGAUGUUUUAUAUGAUCCUAACAGAAGGUCCCAUAGCCGUUAUGUCAAUGUGCAGUAAACUGGAAUUUCCUCACUGCUUAUGGAGUUAUCCACUGUGCCAUAAAGACAUACAAAAUAAAAAAUAAAGAUACUGAAAAAUAGAUAUAAAUUAUGCAUUUUGAAUCAUUACUAUUUAUGAUCUUUAACAUUUAGAUAUGCAUAGGUCAUGUAUACAGUACAUAGCAGCUUCUAUGUGGAUGAGUAUGUCAUGAAUCCACACAGUGCUUGUUGUUUUCAAAUACUAAUACUGAACUGUAAAUAAUGUCUAAAAUAUGUUGUACUGUAAUAUGGUGAGCUGGGAACGUCUGUUAUUUUCUUUAAUUUUGAGCUGUAUAUUUUAUCAUAGUGGUGUGGGAAUAGUAGGACUCAGCUUGAGCCAGAUUCAAGAGAGGAUGAACAUACAAGUCAUUAAUCAAGUAAAUACCUUACUCUGAAGUACUUCCAAAUUUUCUGUUUACUUUAAUGUCAUCCCUUACAUAAGUACAGAAAUACACCCACAGAAAGAGUUUGCAAUGUCAAGGCACACCAAUGACAAAUUUGAUGUUUUUAUCAGAAAAGGGUGAUAAGAUACCCUGACCUUUGAUUUCAAGUUUGUAUCAGCAGAAAUUAUCUGCUUAUUCAGCCUAGUUUAGAGAAGCUAUUGACUAUAUUCAUAUACCUCAGUAGAAUAUCCAGACACUGUAAUUCCUUUAGGAUCUGGAGAUCUAAGCCAAGCAAGGAGCUUCAGGUUUAAAAUCACAGAGGUAGAAGCUUGUCGAAAAAGUGUCACUGUGGUGAGACUGGCCUGAUCCUACCAAGCAGUUGAUUCCAACUCUUUUGGUCCUAAUGGGGCUGUAGGGUACCCAGAAUAGCCAGAGGUGUGUUAUGGCAAGAGAGGAGAGAGGAAAUAGGGAGAUCCUACUCUGUUGUUUGGCUCCUGAGUGUAGACAUCACAGAGAUGGUGUAAAUGGGGGGCAUUCCCACACCAGGAGUCCUCUUUCCCUUACUCUGUCUUUAGGGAGAUGCAUACUUGCUGCUGUAAAUUUGAACCCUGUAUGACUUGUGGGUUCUGAUAGUUUAUCCAUAAGGGAUUUGAGUAAUCCGACUGAUGGGACAGUCAAUAGCAGACCAAUCACAAACAAUUCUGACUUCUGAGAACAGUGAGAUUCUAGAUAGAAUACAGCUCUAGAAAGAAGUGUAAACAAGUUGUUUUCCCUUUACGAAGAGAGAGGGACAGGGAAAAGGCCAAGGAUGGAGAAGAUCAAUGUCAGCUGUUCCAACCACAGUAAACUGCCAAGUUAGGAUCUCAGACAAAGAAUUACCAUUUCAGUAUUUACACUUAAAUACUUAAAAACUUAAAUAUCUGUAUGUUUUGGACAUAUUUCUCUUUCUCGUUAAGCUUAUUUCUUAUUUCAUACAGGUAAUUCAGCUGAAUCAGCGUGUGUCUUUUUUAUGCUUUCAGAAGUCUUGAAUAUGUUACAUAUGUUUUUAAAGGUUUUGCUUUGAGUUUCUUUCUGUUUAAGGUUUCUAUUCUCAGAUCAUCUGAAGAAAAUGCAACCUUAUUAAACCUUUUCUCAAGUGCAUUGUGAACACUUUAAAUAAGCUAUAUGCCAAGUACAAUAGUACAGGUAAAAGUGGUAAAAUCAUGUAGCUGGUAUCAGUUAGCAAUGGUGCUACUGGCUCUGCCCUCAGCAGAGCCAGUGUUCUACUCUGCAAAAGUGCAGGCAGGAAUAAAUCCAGGAAAAUAAUCUCUUCUACUCAUACACCCCAAACACGGGAUCUGCUGCCAUCCUUUUGUUAUGCCUCAAGAAUUUUUGAGGGUUUGCAGCUGGUAUGACAACACAAAGAUCAUCUACUGUAGUUUAUUUAUUAACUCUUAUUUGGGAGACUUCUAAAUAUUAAGAAGAAGCAAACUGGUUCAGACCAGUGCUCCAUCGAGCACAGGAAUCUGCCUCUAACAAUAGCUCUAAGCAGAUACCCAAGGAAGAAAAAGAAUUGCAAUUACAUGUGAUGCUGCCUCCCCUGCUACAGCUUCAUACUCUCCCACCCUCUGACCGUUUUUAACUGUGAGAAUUUUGAGAGUGAGAGGUUUUUCUGUUAAAUAUUCUACUCUUAAAAGUACUUGUCCAGUCUCUCUUGAAAUAAUGUAAAGUCUUAUACAAAUAAUAACGUCUAUGGCAAGCAAUUCCUCAGAUCUACCAUAUCAUAUAUGAAGAAUCCCUCCUUUCAUCUUGAUUUGACCCUGAAUCCCACAGGCUCCACUUUAUGGCCACCUAUGCCUGUUCUGGAAGAGGCAUUCAACAGUGGAGCUCGCUCUUCCUCACUCUCUCCCACUCUCCUCUCACCCAGCAACUUUCCCAUCUCAGGAGUUCGUCAACCUCUAUUCCAUAUCAGCCCCCAGCCAUUGACUACAGCGAUACCAGAACUAAAUAUUCUCCUCCCUUUCUUUUGCAUUUUAAUAAAUGGCAGGACUUUCCCUUUUGUUUCAUUGCUUCUUAGUUUUCUUAAAACCUUAAGUAACAGAUGUUGUCAGCAGCCUUAAUUAAAUCCAUCAAGACUACAGCAAUCGCUCUUUUCUACAUGUUUAUGAGGCAGCAAAUUCUGUCUGCAGAAGGUACACUAUAGGUCAGCUUUUCACAUGCUGACCUACAUUAUAGUUCCUGCAAUUUUUUAUGCAGAAGUAAGCUUUCUGGAUUGCCACAGAAUUAUUAUUUCUCAAAAUUGUCACGUUUACUACCCUCUAGUCUCUAAAACUACUCCAAAAUCAAGUUAUACAUGGUCAUAGUGCUUCAUUAUAGAACUCUUCAGUGAAUACCAUUUAGUCCCGAUGCUUUGCUAGUCUUUGUUCGGUCUUGGUUAAGAUGAUUUUGACUAUCUGUUGUUAUUUUCACUUUGGACUGAUCCUCACUGAGUUCUCCAGAAAGGAUUCCUGUAUAAAGUUCUCCCCACUUUCCUCAUCAAUGAAUACCGAUGCAAGAAGACUAACUUAUCUUUUCUGUAACAUCCAUGUCUCUUCUGAGCACUUAUGUUUUACCUUGGCCCUCAACUGGCCCUCUAGCAAGCUUUGUUCCUAGUUGAUGUGAAGAAGAGUGAUUUAGUAGUUUGGUUCCUUUGCCUAGUUGUUUCCCAAAUUCUUUUUGGCCUAUCUAAUUGUAUUUUUGUGUUUCUCAGAGUUCAUGUUCCUUACUGUUAUCUUCUUUUGAAUGCAGUAUAGCUAUUUGCUGUGGUUCAGACUGUUUCUUUUUUUCAAGUCUGGUAUCCUUCAGCUUUUUCCUAGCACACGUAAAGAUUUAAUUCUUUUAGCUCCCUCUCCUAAUUUGUUCUUAACAAGACUGACAUUGUUCCCUUACUGGAGUUUAGCACAUCUGCAGAGGAUUCUUUGGUCUUUUUUAAUCUUUAUAGAAAUACUGUUUUCAUAAAAUGGGGUUUUCAGCAUUCUGAAAACAGAUGUCGUGCGUUGUUCUCCAUCAAGCCAAGGACUGCACCUAGUCUUGAGGGUUCAUUCAGUGAAAAAUUAUUCCAUCUAAAUAACACCAGCUAAGAAUGGCAUCUGCUUCAUAUAGCAAUGUGUCAACCUACUGUUGUCAGUGGUACUGUCCUGGCUGGUGGUUUGCCAUGUAGAUCGAAUCCCAUGUUCUUCCCAGAUGGGCAUUGGAUUUUGACCCAGGCAGAUUAACUGCUUCUCUCUGAGCUGACCAGUUUGCUAUGUUUGGAAACUGUUUAGCCUCUCUACUAUCUACUGUCUCUAUACCCUUUCAAGGUGAAUAGAGGAAGGGCCUUUCAUUAAAUUAAUUGAAAGAGAGAUCUGUCUUUCAAGAGGAGCUACUUUUAAAAGGAGCAACUUUGUUUUUAAAUCAAGUUUUGUCCUCUGUUUUAAACCUCCUCAGACUCUUAUCAUGACUUUGCAAUAUCACAGCCAUCUUUUAAAAAGAACUUUUUAGGGCAGAACAAUCAACCAGGUUAGUGUAAAACACCACAGAUAGUGUUGCUUUUUUUCUUUAUAAACUGAUCUCUCAAGGAGGAAAUGGACAUAGAUCACUGACUGGAAGAAGACCAUGCAACUCUGUAAACAAAGAUUAAGCACUGCAUUUGCCAAAGGAAAGCUUCCACUUGGAACAGUCAGGCUUCUUUUAGUUGUGCAUUCCUAGUAUUAGCUAAUUAGGCUGAUAUUUAGGGACCUAAAUAAGUGCAUACUGGUAUUUAAAAGUACCAAAAAUUCCUACCCUGGAUAGAGAUUCAAAAGCAUUUCAGUUACUCUGCAUCUUACUUAUUAAACUUACUUACUUACUUAAAGCUGGAUGCUUUGAGUUGCACAGUCAACACUUCAACACCAGCCUUCUGUAGAAAUGCAUUCUUGCAUCAGAUAAAUGGUACACUACUUUGAACUGCUUUGCUAUGUCACUUGUAUCUAGAGCUGAUCUGAUAAUGAAGAAGCAUAUCAGAGAGGAAAACUCCAGUGAUGGAGGUUGGAAAGCUGUUCUGAAGAAGAUCCUGUAUAAUACUUUCUUAACAAAACAUGAGAGGCAGUUAUUCUGAAGGGUGGCUGUAAAAGUUAGAAAAAGGGGAAAUCUUUAAACUUCAGUUUUUGACACAUAGAGAAAGUCUUUCUUCUAUACUUACUUAACUUCCCAGAAAAUCAGCUAAGCUCCAUGAAACUCAUUCUCAUGACCUUUUAAAAAUUAACAGUAAUGACCUGCAAUUCUUGAAAAUUAAGAUGUCACUCAGACAUCCAAAACAAUUAUUUCAAACUUUUCAAAUGUUCAGUCAAGGCACAACAUGCAGAUACUGGAAAUAUAGUCAUAUACAUCUCAGGUCUUAUUUAAUUGUUUACUUUGCCUUCCUCAAAAAAGAACUGAUUCUUUAUUUUAUGGAUGUUUGAAAGGUCUUUAUCUGCAGAAAAUAAUUUGAGGAGAAGAUUUCUUAUGUUGAAAAAUAAUUAAUUGAAGCUGCCGUGUCACUUUUCCAGGAUUCUACAAAUAACUGCUAACUACCAGACUAAAUAAAUCAAACAUAAAGAAAAGUGCACUUUUUUCUUUAAAUCUAGACAAUACUAUAGAAAAGUAAGGGUGAUGGUGAUACAGAAAACAUGAUAUAUUAGAAAAACAAAAGUAAAAGGUAUUUGAAUAUGUUAGGCAUGAAACUUCAUCUUAGACAUAGUAUUAACAUGUGAAACAUUUACAUUAGAUGGAAUUGAAAAUAAAAGUUAAUGUUUGAAGUGAUUAAAUUAGUUAAAUUAACUUUCAUUCUGUCAUCUAUCAUAUGAGCUGUAGAGGCACAUAGACUUAAAAUAUAGAUAUUACCUAUUGUGAUGAUUUUAAUCUAGUGUUGUUACAAUAACCAAUUAUGCAUACUAUUCCGAUUCUAUAAACACCCUAAUCAAAUUAGAAGUAUUACAAAGAAAAAAAUCUUGGGUCAUUUUUAAUAUUAGACUCCUAAUAUCUACUCUGAGCAUCCUUCCCACUGAUGUAUUAAUUCUAAACAAACUUUAGUACCCUGAGAAAUAUUAGGCUAAAGAUAACUCAGUAAAGAAAUGCCACAGGAAAAGAUUCAUGUAAAAUUUGAUGAUUGUUUUGUAAAUGGGUGCCUUCACUUGCUGAAACAAUGGCAGGGAGUCACAGGGAAGGGAGCGAGUGGAGCUGUGUUGCUGCUAAGAUGCCCUGGGAGCACAGGGAGCACCUGCAGCUCUGCAUCUCUCCUGGAGGGUUUAUCACAUUUGCACACAAAAGGUCAUCAGACAGACCCAAGGGCAACAACACUUGCUAGUAGAAAAUGCUCAUUGAUUCCCUUGUUGCCCCUAAGUUACCUGAGGAAGAGCGGGAUGGGGAGGAAGGUGCUUCUCUCUUGCCUUAAAAGUAUGGUGGUUGUAGCAAAGACAAGCUGGCCCUGAAAGACAAAUCAAUUCACUUGGGACAGCAAGAGGUUUUUGCAAGGACACCCCCUUGCAAAAGAGCAAUGGCUUCUGGCAGCAGCCUGUAUGGAAACAUGGUGGGUAGAGGAGGAGCAGCAGCAACCAGAGUAUCACUUCCUCCCCAUCAGCUGCUUUGCUUGGUUUUCUGCAUCCUUCCCUUUUGGCUGUGUGUCCCUGCACCACCCUUUCCUUCUUCUCUGCUAGCCUGGGGACAUGGGGAGCAGCUGCCCUGGUGCUCCCAGGGAGGAGGAGACCCUGCAGGAGGGCCCUGUGGCCCUGCUGGGGGGCUGCAAACCAUCUCUGUCGUGGCCAUCGCCCCCACCUCCAGCCCUCCCUCCCUCCCUCCUCAGCAGCAGAAAAUGAACUGGGUUGGUGGCAGUCGGAGCAGAAUCAUAUUAAAGCAGGAAAGGAGAAAACAAAAGGAAUACUUUGAAAAAAAGAAACUUAAAUCAAAAAUGAAGCUUCUGGAAGUAUCAUCUCCUAAAAGUUCAGCAGUCAGUUUAGAUCUUCUUAAUCUCUAUGUGGUUAACCAGAUAUCAACCAAAAAAGACAACACCGAGAAUGUGAGGAAGCCAGUCCACGUGGAUAUCAUUGAAGAUGUAAAAAAACUUCCUGGGAGACACAACUUAGAGCUUCCCACGUCACCACUACAUACACAACAUAAGUCAAACCUAGAUGAUCUCCAGAACAGGUUACAAAAGCAAGUACUGGAAAGCAGAAGGCAGCAUCUCUCAGAGAAAGUAAAAUACCAGCAUAAUGGUUUUCAGUCCUCUAACUGUACACAGCUUCCAGAAGAAAAGUUCAACACAAACCUAAUGGGCGACAUUUGGGAACAGACCUAUGAAGAGAAGCUGCAAAAGCAGCCAGGAAAUAGUCCUGAUCAAGACUCUUGGAAUACUAAACCUCCAAGCCAGUGCAUUUUCAGGAAGUCCGAUACAGUGCUUCAGGAACUGUUUGAACCAUUUCAUAGGCUAGACCCUAUGAAUUCUGCCAGGAAAAAUCCAGUCAUAAUGACCAGUAACGAAUCAGAAAACUGUGAGGGAAUAAAAGCACCGGUAUUUGAUUUUGUGAAGGAAACUGCAGAACUGAAAGCUCCCCAAGUUGGAAGUGGUUGUUCCUUUCUGGCCCUGUUUGAAGAUGAGAGCCAACCAAUCCACAAUAAUCCUUCCACAAAACAUUUUAAUCUUUUUGUUAACCAAAGCAGUACUGACAUUUUUUUCAUCCAUUCUGACGUUAGAAAUCAAAUGACUGACAGAAAUUAUCCUUACAACACUAGAAAGGCUUAUCCUGCAAUCAAUAAAAAAAAAAGUUCUGUAGACAGACACCUUGAAGGCAUUUUCACAACUCCAGAACUCGUUUUUCUUAAAAGUAACAAUGACUCAAGUGCAAGCUACAAGGAAACCAGUGGACUUCAUAAAACCGACCUGCAGAACUUUAAUGGAGGACAGCACUACUUCAUACCCUGUGAAAAGAAAGAAAAACAUGCAAACCUUGAAAAAAUUGAGACAUUUGCUUAUCACCAUGAUCAGCAGAUUAACUUAAAGGAGAAUGUGCAGAAUUAUUCAAGAAAAAAAAGGGAUGACGAGUCCAUGAAAGAAACAGCCUGGAGACAGAACCAGCUCUUUGGAUUUGAAGAGUUUACAAUAGCACGAGAGAAAGAGUCUAAGUUUGGAGCAAGUUCAAAUCUUCAUGAGAUGGAGAAAAAUAUGGAGUCACCACUCAGCAGCCAGUCUUACAGUUACUCUCCAAGGCAGACCGAGAGCUAUUUGAGCUGUAGUCCUGACACAUGUGAAGAGGAAGACACAGCCAAAAAGACAGAAUAUCUGAAUGAACAGUCUUUGAAGACACAUGAUGCCAAUCUCUCAGCAAGCAGAGAGGCCCCCAAGAGCUUCCACACCAGAACUGUGCUUCUCCAGCCCAGCAGUAAUUUGGCUAGAGAAGAAGCAAACAUUCUUCAGGAUAAAGGCUUAAUUUUUUGCACCAUAGAGGACAAAAAUAAAAACCAUGCUGCCCCAUCCGAGGGCAGCUCAGCACACCGAGCCCUUAAGAGAGAGCACGUCACUCGCAGCACCAGGUGUGAUGUUUGGUCGCAGACUGACCGCUCUGUGACAGAAGUAGAGAAGACGGAUGUGGCCACUCAGUGUGGCACCCUGCGGGUGUGCAACUGUGGGGGCUCCCUGCCCGCAGCCCGCAGCCCAGUCGGGGUCCCUCCUCCCCGCACCGCCGGCACCGCGGGAAAAGACGAACUGCCAGCGCAGGAGAUCCCGGAGCCCGCGGGCGCCGGCAGCGCGGCCGGGACUGCUGCCCUUCCUUCUGAAGCCGAGUACCUGAGUCUGGCUGGCAAAAGGACUCUGGAGGUGCUGAACUACAUUGAUAAAAUGAAGGAGAGAGAUAAGCAGUGACCAACUAGAAUGGCAUGGGGGGAACACAGAAGUUUUGUUCUGUUCUCAGUGUGUUUCAUUCACUUGGCAUGUUUUGAUUUUUCUAGUCUGGUUGGACAAAAAAUAUUUUUGCUGUUUGUUUGCUUUAAACUAUUAAUACCUGUGGAUUUCUGUCUAACUACUGGUAUCUCUAAAUAUGGGUUUCUAUAAAUAUCCAACUGUUAACACAUGAUUUUACAAUACCCUAGUAAAUAUAAGCAUCAGGAAUUAGAUUGGCUUUCUCACCAUAUAUCCAUAGGAUUCUGUAGUUUGGGAUUGACUUUGCUUCUUUUAACGUAGUAGAAAGAUGCUGUUUCACUUCAAAACAUUUUUGAUGUGGGUCCUAGUUCAGAGCUAUUUUCUGGUUCUUAUCCAUUUUAACAGACAAACUCGCCUUUUCUGUGUGUUCAUACUAAAUACAAAAAUGGAAAACAACAGAAAAUGUACAUCUGCACACAUAGAAUAGAAUGUAAUUUAAAAAGAACUAAUUUAUUAUUUUAAAAAAAUGCUGAGUUUUCCUUCCACAGGAGAUCUAUUGAUACACUCUCUGGCUGUUAAUACUAACAAAUCUUUCAUGUGUUUCUGUAUUCUGUCUGCAAAUUAAAAAUUUGAACUACUUUCCUCUUCAGUAUUUAUGUGAAGUCACAAAUCACAACAAAAUAAAAGUUUCUGAUAAUAUU